GUUUCCGGUGACAUUUUUCGGUUGUUUGGCUUGCUGCACUUUUUGUAGCGUAAAAUAAUGUCUAAACGUAGAAAUCAGUUGGAUUCUGCGGAAAAGCGCCGCUCUUUGCAGAAUGUAGCUCUGGCUCGCGGUCGUCUCAAAGGAGCGCUUCAGCAUGUUGUCCCACAAAGUGAGAGCGAUGACACCGACGGGUCGGAUUCGGACGAACUGCAACAAAUGAAUCGUUCGUCAAAACGACAGAAAGUUUCAGCCACUGAUACCAUUCCCAUACCUCAUCAAUCGUACCUUAUGAAGUUGUUCGACCGCAGCGUCGAUUUAGCUAGAUUUGAUGAGUCCACGCCUUUGUAUCCUAUUUGCCGAGCGUGGAUGCAAAAUCAACCACGGCUAAAUCCCGAUCAUACCCAACUAACAGUUUAUCCAGUAAAACGAGAGAGAAACAACACAAUGGCUGAGCAAUACCGCUGUAAUGAAUUAAAGGAAGUUCGAACAAUGCCUAAGCCAGAGCCUGUCACUGGUGUUACAGCAAGCAGAUGUCCAUCACCAUUGGCCUGUCAGACAGAAGUUUCGAAGGCAAGAAUUGAUUUAGCAGCUUCCCCGCUAGCUAAAUCAACUUUAAUGGCGGAACAUUUGUUUCGCUGGGAACAGGUUCGCCGUAAGUGGCAAGAGCACGGAAGAAUAGUGGAUAGUCGCUAUAAUGCUAGUUUUGAAUUACUUGAUGCAUUGCUUAAGGCACGUAUAUAGAUGUGGCUGGUCGUGCUAAAGAUUUUGUUUUAUUGAACUAACGACGCAUACAAAUGAUGCAAAUUUUAAAUAAGAUAUUUCAUUUUUAAAUUAGGCGAACAAAAUUGAAGUUUUAUUACACUGGAAUCACACGAACAUCAUCGGCAAUGUAUUGCGACAUUUGCCCCUAUUUAGACUACCCCGAUUUACACGAUUAUCAGAGUCGAAUCUCGCACACGAUUUCGCUCAAGGAAAAUGUAGUGAAAAAAAGGGCAAGAAGGAAAAAGAAGUCAAACUUAUAAGUUGAUUAAACUAAAAGCCACUCUGCCCAUAAAUGACAAAUUGGCUAAUAUGCCACCGACAUGAACAUGAAAAAAAUGCAAUUUUAUUACUUUUUUGUGUAAAAGAUGUUUUACGCGGUAAUGGCAACCUGUUUAAUGUGCAUAUUACCCCUCAUACACACCGAAGCCACACCGUUGAGUUCCAACAGCGAUAGAUGUGGCCAAAUUCCCUCCGCCGGACGUUUUUAACGCAGU